CAGCAAAUCCACCCCUAAAAAUAGGCUCUGGUUUCCAAGCUGGUGAGGUCGCCUGUGGGGCUCUGUGACAUGCAAUCGGGAUACCUGCUCCCUCCGGUGCUCCUAGUUCUCACAGGUGUAUGGCUGAAAGAAGGGCUCCUUACUCACCUAGAGCUCAGCUCUUGUGUGGUGAAGAGCAGCACUUUCCAGAGGCCAAGUCCUCUGUCUGAGGGGCUGACCUGCUGUCCUGCUAGGACUGUGAAGAGAUUCAAAAAAUCUCUUAGCAAAAAGAUGACUUCGGGGCAGUCAAAGACCAGUCUGAACAAGGCCUAUGGAUCUAGCAAAGAAGAACCAGAAGAUGACUACAUCACACCAGGAGCCUUUGAGCUGGAGCGUCUCUUUUGGAAGGGCAGUCCCCAGUAUACCCACGUCAAUGAGGUCUGGCCCAAACUCUACAUAGGAGAUGAGGCCACAGCACUGGACCGGUACAGUUUGGAGAAAUCUGGCUUCACCCACAUCCUGAAUGCUGCCCAUGGCCGAUGGAAUGUAGACACAGGUCCAGAGUACUACAGAGACAUGUCCAUCGAAUACCAUGGAGUGGAAGCCGAUGACCUCCCCACCUUCAACCUCAGCGAGUUCUUUUACUCGGCUGCAGAAUUCAUCGAUGCUGCUCUCCAAAGUGAUAGGAAUAAGAUUCUAGUUCACUGUGUUAUGGGCCGUAGUCGCUCGGCUACCUUGGUUUUGGCAUACCUGAUGAUUUACAGGAACAUGACGGUGGUGGAGGCGAUUGAGCAAGUGGCCAAGAAUCGCUGCGUUCUGCCCAACCGUGGAUUCCUCAAACAGCUCCGGGAAUUGGACAAACAGCUGCUCCUCCAGAGGCGGAAUGCUCAGUCUAAUGAAGAAGAGAACUUGGAAGAGAAGGAAAUCUAAGGCUUGAAGACCCCUUCACACAGAGUUGCCCCCAAAUACUUUGCACUGGAGAAAAAUAUUUUCAAAACAAACAAAAAACCAAUAGUCCCUGAAAGUUCUUUGGCAUGAAAACCUGGAAGCCUCUAUUUCUUUGGAAUAGCUGUGAGCAUCGCAGGGAGUCCUGUGGAGCACAUUAGGGGAUCAUAGAAAACCUAGACUCCCUAAGCUGCUCCCCUUUGGGGUCCGAUACUGUUUCACAGCAAGAGAAAAAGGAAAAGGACUAUAGAGUGGAAUUGAUUGCAGAUGAACGUGUAAUGCUUUAGUGAAACAUCAGUCUGUCAUGGGGAGGUGGGAAUGAUGGGUGCUGUGUCAUGGAGGAGAGGCACAUUUUCCCACAGGCCAUUCUUUUAUAACACAAAUUUUAUAGCACCCAAAAGGUGGGCUGGCUGAUGGCAUUAGGGGUAUGUUACAAGAGUGUCACAUUAACCCAUCACCUCUUCUGUGUUGUUACUGUUCAUAGCACCAAGCACUCUCCUUCCAUCAUCUGGGGCUGGGCCACCCAGGUCCUGUUGUAGGUUUACCUCAGGAUUCAUUAAUGCUGUCUUUGAGGACUGAUCACCUGCACAGGCUGAUGCACGUGUGAAAUGGCUGUUGCCUGAAUUUACAACCUAGCUUCCUAAUGCUUCCUCUGAUAGGCCCGACACCAAUACCUAGAUUCACUCAGGCUCUUUACAGUUACAAAGAACAGAUGAGUUUGAAAGGGUCAGGGCAGAACAAAAGCAAGAGCAGAAACCGUCUGUCAAUUCUUUUCUUUUCUUUUCUUUUUUUUUUUUGAGAGACCUUUUCCUAUCUCAUAUAUGGAAACCUUGGAGCUUCAAUGGAUCUUCAAGAUAAUGAAUCUAGUCUUUUUUACAGAUGGGGAAACUGAGGCCCAGUUUGCACAAGGUCAAAUAAACUGGUGGAAUAGCAA